GCUGUAUCUGCACAGGCUGAGGCUGCUGGCAGAGGAAAAGUGAUCGUGGCAGAGGAGAGAUGUAGCAGCGCUGCUUGGUGGGACUCUGUGGCCAGCCGUCUGUCACUUCUUUUAAAACCAGAAAUUGUUUUUGUCGGACAUUACCGUGAAUGGGAAAGAUUGAAUGCAUCUUAUAGCACAGUGGCGCCGUGUGAAUGUGUCGUGUAAUGCACCGAGAAGGAUUGCCUCUCGGGGGAAAUAUUUAUGUUUCGGGACGGUUUUGUUGGAGUAGCUAGUUGCUAGCGCUGGGCUAGCGACUGUGCUGGCUACUUGGAACGUAUUCUGCAAGGAUGAUUCGGUGGAUACGACAGCAGCUGGGCUUUGACCCCCCUCAUCAGAGUGAUACCAGGACAGUGUACGUAGCUAACCGUUUCCCUCAGAAUGGCCACUACAUACCACAACGCUUUGCCGACAACAGAAUCAUCUCAUCCAAGUAUACAGUUUGGAAUUUUGUCCCCAAGAAUCUGUUUGAGCAAUUCAGAAGGAUAGCAAACUUCUACUUCCUCAUUAUCUUCCUUGUACAGUUAAUGAUAGAUACGCCAACUUCCCCAGUAACCAGCGGCCUGCCUCUGUUCUUUGUGAUCACAGUAACUGCCAUAAAACAGGGCUAUGAGGAUUGGCUGAGACACAAGGCUGACAAUGAGGUGAAUGGGGCUCCAGUGUUUGUGGUUCGCAGUGGAAGUCUGGUGCAGACGAGAUCCAAGAAUAUCAGGGUGGGAGACAUCGUCCGUGUGGCUAAAGAUGAAACGUUCCCAGCAGACCUGGUGUUACUGUCGUCAGAUCGUCCAGAUGGCACCUGUCACAUCACCACAGCCAGUCUUGACGGAGAGACCAAUCUCAAGACCCAUUACUCAGUGGCGGAGACAUCAGUCUGCCAGUCAGUCUCCCAGCUGGAGGCAUUGCAGGCUGUGGUGGAGUGUCAGCAACCAGAACCUGACCUAUACAGAUUUGUUGGUCGUAUGACGGUGACUCAGCAUGGGGAGGAGAUAGUUAGACCGCUGGGUCCAGAGAAUUUGCUGCUGCGAGGGGCCAGGUUGAAAAAUACUAAAGAAAUCUUUGGAGUGGCUGUUUAUACAGGCAUGGAGUCCAAGAUGGCACUCAACUAUAAAUGCAAGUCCCAGAAACGCUCUGCCGUAGAGAAGUCCAUGAAUACCUUCCUCAUCAUCUACCUGAUCAUCUUGCUGUCCGAGGCCAUUCUCAGCACCAUCCUAAAGUACGCCUGGCAGGCUGAGAUCAAAUGGGACGAACCUUUCUACAACCAAAAGACAGAAGCGGAGAGAAACAGCAGUCCGAUCUUAAAGUUCAUCUCAGACUUUUUGGCUUUUCUGGUGCUCUAUAACUUCAUCAUCCCUAUCUCGCUCUAUGUUACUGUGGAGAUGCAAAAGUUCCUUGGCUCUUUUUUCAUUGGCUGGGAUUUGGACCUUUACCAUGAGGAAAGUGACCAGAAAGCUCAAGUCAAUACCUCUGACCUCAAUGAAGAGUUGGGACAGGUGGAAUAUGUGUUUACUGAUAAGACGGGCACACUAACAGAAAAUGAAAUGCAGUUCCGCGAGUGUUCGAUUAAUGGAACCAAGUACCGGGAAGUUAAUGGCAAACUUUUACCAGAGGGAAUGACAGACGACUCGCCAGAUGGUUCUAUGCCUCCCCUGAUGGGUGACGAAUUGUUAUUUCUCAAGGCAGUGUCACUUUGUCACACAGUUCAGAUCAGCUACGACCAGUCAGACUGCCUGGCUGUGGGAGGAGACCCAUUCUCCCAUGCCAACGGGGUCUCUUCCAGUCCCAUGGAGUACUACGCCUCUUCACCGGAUGAGAAAGCUUUAGUAGAGGCAACAAAAAGGAUUGGAGUGGCCUUCUCUUGCAGCAACGGAGAUACCAUGGAAAUCAAAACUUUUGGCAAGUUAGAAAAGUAUAAACUGCUCCAUGUACUCGAGUUUGAUCCUAACCGCAGGAGGAUGAGUGUCAUACUGCAAACUCCCUCAGGAGGCAAAGUGCUGUUCACCAAGGGGGCGGAGUCUGCCAUUUUGCCUUUCGCGACUAGUGGUGAGAUCGAAAAGACAAGGCUGCACGUUGAUGAGUUUGCCAUGAAAGGUUUGCGAACCCUGGUUGUAGCAUGCCGCCACUUCAGUCCGGAGGAGUACAUCGAUGUGGACAAGAAACUAAACAGUGCCCGCACCGCGCUGCAGCAGAGGGAGGAGAGACUGCAGGAAGCCUUCAGCUACAUUGAAAAAGACUUGCAGCUCCUGGGAGCAACAGGAGUGGAGGACAAACUUCAGGACAAGGUCCAGGAGACCAUUGAGGCUUUGCGACUCGCAGGAAUCAAAGUAUGGGUGCUGACAGGGGACAAACAUGAGACGGCAGUCAGUGUAAGCCUGUCCUGUGGCCACUUCCACAGAACCAUGAACAUCCUGGAGCUCCUGCAGCAGCACUCUGAUAACGAGUGUGCUGAGCAGCUCCGCAUACUGUCCAGGAGGUUAAGGGAGGACCAUGUCAUACAGCAUGGAUUGGUUGUAGAUGGAGCUAGUCUGUCUUUAGCAUUGAGGGAACACGAGAAGCUCUUUAUGGAAGUGUGUAAAAACUGUUCAGCUGUGCUGUGCUGCCGCAUGGCCCCACUGCAGAAAGCUAAGGUUGUGCGUCUUUUAAAGACAUCUCCAGAAAAACCCAUCACCUUAGCUAUUGGGGAUGGAGCCAAUGAUGUCAGUAUGAUACAGGAAGCCCAUGUGGGCAUAGGUAUCAUGGGGAAGGAGGGUCGUCAGGCUGUGAGAAACAGCGACUAUGCAAUUGCCAGGUUCAAGUUCCUGGCCAAACUCCUGCUGGUCCACGGGCACUUCUACUACAUUCGAAUAGCUACUCUUGUACAGUACUUUUUCUACAAGAAUGUGUGUUUUAUCACGCCGCAGUUUUUAUACCAGUUCUUCUGUUUGUUUUCACAACAAACUCUGUACGACAGUGUUUAUCUGACACUGUACAACAUCUGCUUCACCUCGCUGCCAAUCCUUGUGUACAGUCUGUUUGAACAGCUGGUCCAUCCGCAUGUAUUGCAGAACAAACCUGGCCUGUACAGGGAUAUUAGCAAGAACUCUCUGCUCUCUUUCCGGACCUUCUUGUACUGGACUGUGUUGGGUUUCUGUCACGCCUUUGUCUUCUUCUUUGGAUCCUACAUACUAAUGGGAGAGGACACCACACUUAUGGGCAAUGGACAGAUCUUGCGAGCUAACAGGCAGCUGAUGUUUGGGAACUGGACAUUUGGAACACUGGUCUUUACUGUCAUGGUCAUCACUGUCACGUUAAAGCUUGCAUUAGAGACUCAUUUUUGGACGUGGAUGAACCAUUUUGUGACAUGGGGCUCAAUUGCCUUCUAUUUCAUCUUCUCUCUCUUCUAUGGAGGCAUCAUCUGGCCAUUCCUGCACACCCAGGACAUGUACUUCGUCUUUGUGCAGCUGCUGUCCAGCGGUUCAGCCUGGUUCGCCAUUAUCAUCAUCGUCAUAACUUGCCUCUUUCCUGAUGUGUUGAAGAAGGUCUUGUACAGACACCUGCAGCCCACCAGCACUCAGAAGAGUCAGUCUCUACCAGCCUCCCAGGUGCAGAACCUCAGCUGCAUGGAAUCCCUGUGCUGCUACCAACAGGGGCAGAGCGGCUGUACCCGCCUGGCCCGCCUCCUGGAGCAAAUGACUGGACGCUGCAAGGCCAGCGCCAACAAUUGCCACACAUCCAGCCGCAACAACAGGUCUUGGAGCGACACGGAGAACUUGUACUCCAACGAUCGCAGCAUCCUGACGCUGUCGCCCAUCGAGGCCACCCACUGCUGACUCCCGGGGCCGCUGACUGUAGCACAGGGGGUCGGGGGGAGAGCCACCGCUCCGUUAUGAGUCAUAAUCACACCCCCCGCAACCUCAGCCACCAUUUUCGAAACAAUUUCAUUUUAAACUCUGUUAAUUCCCAGCAGGAUGCAGCACUGCUACAAAUGGGAUAAGGAUCCAAAGAACUCGUUUGAGUCUAUGCUGAGAGGAACGUCAGAUGGGAGCGAAAACUCUGAAGGAAAUGGAACAUGUGGUGCGAGCUAUUUGUGCUGCUACGUGUACGCUUGAAGAUCCGGUCUGUGUCUGAGCUGUAAAAUGCCUGGAUUCCUGCUGCUACUGCUAGCAGCGGAUCUGCAAGUCCAUCAAACUGGAAAACACCCUCCAUAAAAUCAGUUUUUAGUCACGUGAACUCCUCUGGAGCCCUUUCAUUGUCAAAACAGCGAUUUCUGACUGAGUACACUUUUUGCUGCGAGUGUCAAAGUGAGCAUCCAGAGGAUUUGUCAAGUCGACAGCAAGCCAGGAUCAUAUACGUAGCAAAACAUCCUGUUGCUUCCAUAAACUGCUACAAAAACUCUUCAUUCAGACCUCCCACCACAGCCCUGCAGCAUCCAGAACAUGAAGCCUCAUCUCUACCGCGGUACCAAAGACCAAAAAGGAUUCCGACUGGAGUUUAAAAGGAAAAGUGUUUAUUUUUUUGUGCCUGAUUGUACAGAAGCUUAUAUUGUUAAAGGAGACUUGUUGUUGUUCAUGCUGCUUUUGUCGUCUGUUCUGGCCUCUUUGUCCCCCCCACCCCUCCCAGUGCACCACUGUGAAAGAGGCCCAAUGUUUUAAAAAGCCAUACGUUUUUGAAGAGGUCAGAUUAUUGGAGGUACUGCAGAUGGACGCUUGUGGGGGCUUGUUGUUAAAUUUGUUCUCCUCGAAUGCCUUUUGUCACCCAGCCCGGCGACCAGAAGCAUCUCAGCAUUAAAGCCCACGAGGUCUGGCAGAGUCAUCCAUGUCAGCUGCCUAAAAAUACGUCCGAUUUGACACCAUUAUUUUAUUUAUGCUUUUUCUGGUGAGGCUUUAACGGUGAGAUGCUUUUCCAAACCGUGGCUGAUGCACGUCGACCCAAGACAGCAGAAUGUGUUAAAGUUCAGAGGGGAAAGGAAAAGCAGAGCAUUUGCACAAAUCACAUAUCAAAAUUAUUUUGUUGGGUUUCUUUCUUUCUUUUUCUUUUUUUCAUUGGGAAAAGUCAUUGUCACCGUUCACAUCUGAAACCAUUUGAAUCACAUUUUUUGCUGUUACAUUGUUAUUUUAUUACCCCCCCCCCAUGUGUGUUUGUCUCCACCUGCUGUUGGAGGUGUGUGUGUGUGUGUGU